AUGGAGACAAAGUUUAUCAAAUCUAUUGAAUCACUUGAAGACAAAUCGAUAAAAGAGUGGUUACUAUCGCUCCAGAAGUCGCCCGAAUACGAGUGUCUGUCCGCACUGUCGGCCAAAUGUGUACAAAACAAAAACUUAAACAAAAACACCGCCGAUAGUGACCAUCACUACAACCAUCAACACUACUCGGCCGAACUGAUGGCCAUUCGGCAAAGUCACGCGACAGUUGCCGACAUUCGACGAGAGUCGGCCCGUAUUAUCGACACUAUUGACCACUUUAUCGACAACUGUCUGCCGAUACAGAAGUGGCAACGUUUGCAACGAAUUCACGAUUACUGUUUGCGCGCAUUGUUCGAUCGGAUCCGAUCGGUGGCCGAUAUGUGCCGACGUAAGUCAUUCGGCGGCGGCGACUAUACACCGACUGUUGGCAAUAAGUGUCUGUCGGCCGACACACUCGACUGUUGCAGUCAAUUGUCCCGAUUUGUCCAGUCGUUUGUCGCAAAACAAUCGGUAAACAAUGCACAGCUCGAGGCCACCAUUCGUAAGCUGAAAGAGUUGUUCGGCGAAUUGGUUGACCAGACCAUCAAAAGUGAAUGUUCGUUAAUAACUGCGUCCAUAAAAAACCGAAACACUUAUCUGACAAUCGAGUGGUCGCUCAUGGCUUACAUUCAACUGACCCGCGACGACGCCUAUCUGUGCCGAGCACUGGUCGAGUCAUCGGCCAAUCAGUGCAACCAAAGUUUCGUACAUCUACUGGUCGACCUGAUUGCUAACUACUGUUCCUACGAUCUACAGGAGUCCCAACAGAUCAAAGCCGGUGCUCUCACUAUACUAACCAAUCUGUGUGUCAAUCAUACCGAUGCCAUCCAACAAGUGAUGGACGAGUGCGCGGCCAACAAGUCGUUCAUCGAAGACAUUAUAUUGACCAACGAGUCGUCGGCCGACGAUUUUGUUCUCCGACAGGCCGUCCAACUAGUCGUACAAUUGACCAAACAGUUUAUCGAUGACAACAAUAGCGGCGGUAGCGGUGCCGACACUGACAGCAAUAACAACUACUCCUAUCACAAGAUGCCCGUCCUGUGGCACACAAAACAUUUGACCAGCGAUUUGAUUAACUGUUUGACACAACUAGUCCGACACCAGACAAUAGCCGAUAGACAUCUAUUUCUACUCAUAUGUACCGCAUUGGCCAACAUAUCGUUCAUUGCUGAGACCAACUCAGUGUUCAUCAAAUAUCGUACCUGUGAUCUACUGUUGGCCAAAGUUCGGGACAAUAGUCAAACGUUUGGAUCGGAUAUACAGAUCAAGGAUCAGUUGAUUACAAUUCUGGCCAACAUUGGACGUAAAUUACCCGAAAAAGUGGUCGAAUGUAAUGGUCUGGUGUUCGUAUUGUGCGCACUACAGGUUAGGCCAGUCGGCAAUCUGCACGACAUACCCGAACUGUUGGCCGUCGAACGUAUCCAACAAAAGUGUUGUGUCUGUCUGUCCCGAUUGGCCAACGAUCGGACAAUCGGACGACUUAUUGCAAGACUAAACGGCGUCCAUCGGUUGACCGAACUGUGCAAACUGGCCAAAGAACGUAACUUUUCCGAUACAGUACUGUUGGCCGCUAUUGUUUGUCUGCGAAAGUUGUCGGCUUCGGUAGACAAACAACUGUUCAAACAGUUGGACGCCACAGAUCUUAUUGAACCGAAAGCCUACCAAACGUUUCUCAUGUAUUCCGAGCGAAAUGAGACAGUUGUCUGA